AUGGGUGAAGGUUUCAGGUUGAUGAAGGAAUAUAACUACGUUACAAUAGAAGAUGGACGAAUUAAAAAUGAAAUACCAGAAGAAGACAGCAAUGAUAUUGAUAGUGUUGUAAGUGUUAAACAUGAACCAAGUCGUGAAAACGAUAACCAAUUGUGUACAAUUAAUUACGAACAUAUUAAACUUGAAAAAGAAUUACAUACAGAAGUAAUGAUUAAUAAUGGACGAAUUAAAAGUGAAAUACCAGAAGGAGACAGUAAUUAUAUUGAUAGUGUUGUGAUUCUGAGUGUUAAACAUGAACCAGUUCGUGAAAACGAUAACCAAUUGUGCACAAUUAAUUACGAACAUAUCAAACUUGAAAAAGAAUUACAUACAGAAGUACUGAUUAAUAAUGGACGAAUUAAAAGUGAAAUACCAGAAGAAGACACUCAACAUAAAGGAAUACAUAGUGAAGAAAAACCAUUUUCAUGUAGUAUUUGUAAUAAAACAUUUAGUCUAAAAAGAUAUUUAGUUCUACAUAAACAGAUUCAUAGUGAAGAAAAAUCAUUUUCAUGUGAUAUUUGUGAUAAAUCAUUUAGUCAACAGAGUACUUUAGCUGCACAUAAACGGAUACAUAGUGAAGAAAAAUCAUUUUCAUGUAGAUUUAAUAAACGAAUUUCUUUAGUUCAACAUAAAUGUAUCCAAAGUGAAGAAAAACCAUUUACAUGUAAUAUUUGUAAUAUUAAAUAUGAGCAACAAAGUGAUUUAAUUACACAUCAACGAUUUCAUAGUGGAGAAACAAAAUUUGAUAUUGGUAAUAAAAGCUAUAUCCAUAGAAGUAAUUUAAAAACGUAUUCACGGUCGAUAAAAAGCACAAACAAUAUUGUAACAAAAUAA